AUGGCCCCAGGAAUUAAUUCAGCUUCGGAUUCUGAUGAAGAAAUUGUCAAUAUAUCAAAUAGAAGGGGCAAAAGGCAGCUAAACCGUAAUGAUGAUGGGAAUAUACAAGAAAAUGAGAGGGAUGAGGACAACUUAGAUAGAGAAGAUAGAGGUCAGAGGCGAUCGAGGUCAAAUAGGAAACAAAAGCUUAAGUCAAGAAAGAAGAAAUCCAAUGGUAAAAAUACUCAGGGUGGCAGCGGCGGUUAUGCCUGGGAAGACGAAAUUAAAAGAAGUUGGGAUCUGGUUACUCUAGACGAAGAUGGGGAUAUGGUUUCUUUGGUGGCAAGUUUGAUUGAAGCCAGAAAGAAAAGGGCAGCCAAGAGAAGUGUUACGCCGUUUCAGCGUGGUAUUAUCAGAAAUCUUAUUCUUACUUUAGAUUGUAGUGAAAGUAUGCUGGAGAAAGAUUUGAGGCCAAGUAGACAUGCUAUGAUGAUACAGUAUGCUAUUGAUUUUGUUCACGAAUUCUUUGAUCAAAAUCCAAUUUCACAGAUUGGUAUUGUGAUUAUGAGAAAUGGUCUUGCGCAAUUAGUGAGUCAGGUGAGUGGAAACCCACAGGAUCAUAUCGAUGCUUUAAAAUCAAUAAGGAAACAAGAGCCAAAGGGUAACCCUUCUUUACAAAAUGCAUUAGAGAUGGCUCGAGGUCUUCUUUUACCAGUGCCAUCCCACUGUACAAGAGAAGUGUUAAUCAUAUUUGGCAGUCUUUCAAGUACAGAUCCAGGUGACGUCCAUCAGACAAUCAAUUCUCUGGUUAGAGAAAGAAUACGUACAAGGGUAAUUGGUUUAUCAGCUCAGGUUGCCAUCUGUAAAGAACUUUGUAAACAGACAAAUUAUGGCGAUGAAUCCUACUAUAAUAUAUUAUUAGAUGAAACACACUUCAAAGAGUUAUUUGACGAAGCUGUUACUCCAUUACCCGUGAAUAAAAUAAAUAAAGGUUUUACUUUGGUGAAAAUGGGUUUCCCAACUAGAAUAUUUGAAGAUACUCCAACAUUCUGCUCAUGUCACUCAAAACUUAUCUAUGGUGGUUAUUUCUGUCCAAAUUGUCAUAGCAAAAUUUGUUCAUUACCAACCGUAUGUCCUUGCUGUGAUUUAAUGUUGAUUCUUUCAACGCAUUUGGCGAGAUCUUACCAUCAUCUAAUGCCAUUGAAAACCUUUAAGGAGGUUCCAUCAGACGAAACUUUUAAAACUGAAAACUGCUACAGUUGUCAAAAAAAAUUCCCCAUUUUAAAGAAUCACAAAACAGGCAACCUCUUAACAAGUUCUCGUUAUAGGUGUUCGGACUGUCAAGAAGAUUUUUGUAUCGAUUGUGAUCUAUUCAUUCAUGAGGUUUUACAUAAUUGCCCUGGCUGUGAGGCAAAACCUACAAUAAUAUAA